UUCGUCCUCGCACAAACUGUUAUUCCUUUCGCCGUAGAUGGACGGCUCGAUGUUGUGACCGUCACCGACUCUUCGUACAAUUCAGGCGGCACUGCCUCGGUCAAUGGAUUCACAAUUACUGUACCACAAAAUCUUUUGGUUCGCUUCCCUGCAGCAUUUAAACCUUGGCGAGAGCUGAGCGGCUUCAUUGGAAGCGAAGUGUCCGUCAUCAAUGGAGUACCUACCGCUGGACUCAUCGACAUCUCAGAAUACCUUCUCGAAGCGAGUUCUGGUAUCAUUGAAAGCAUCGACAACACAGCCGGCACCAUCAAGAUUCUCAAUGGACCAACCAUCAGGAUCAACGAUCCUAACGGCGUAUAUGGUGCCGCUUACACGACCACCCCAGCAUUCACGGCCGAUGACCAGAAUCCGUCCAUCACCGCAUUCAGCGGAUUUCCCAUGUGUAUUCCAAGGUCAGCCACGAGCGUGGAUCCGCUUUGUCCCAGCACAAAUCGUCUAGCUGGCCAAAGAAAUUUG